ACCGCCGUUGGCUAUCAUCGCGGCGUCGUUGCCCGCUGUACGCACACUUUCGUAUUUAUCGGGCAAAGAAGGAGAGGAAAGGCCACGGACGUACCUUCGGGCCCAGUGUGUUCCGAGAUUUCGCGGCGAGAGGACACACGACUGUAAAAGAUUCCUCCACUCCAUUUCUCUAAACUCUAAACUCUGUUUCGUUCGAUUCAUUCGCGAUCCGAACUCCUGACUCGUUCCACUUCUUUUUUUCUUUGCGGCUGCUCGAGGAGCUAACUGGAGGAACACCAACUAUUCUCGACAUGGCUUCGGCAAUCAAGCUUCUAUUGGUUGUCUGCGCUCUGCUCGUCUGCACGGCUACGGCGGAAUCAGAAGUGGGACAGACGGGAAGAUCACGGGUCUCCGACGAGCAACUAAAUGUGGCCCUGAGCGACCAACGUUACUUGAGGAGACAGCUUAAGUGUGCUCUGGGAGAGGCACCCUGUGACCCGGUCGGGAGACGUUUAAAAAGUUUAGCGCCGCUGGUUUUGAGAGGCUCCUGCCCGCAAUGUAGCCCUGAGGAAACACGACAGAUCAAGAAGGUCCUUUCGCACAUUCAACGAACCUAUCCGAAGGAGUGGUCCAAGAUAGUGCAGCAGUACGCCGGAGUUUCGUAAGGUAACGGAUAAUGGGAGCAGCUGGAUACAUCGAUAAAAAGAGAACGGUAGCGGAAAGAAGGGAUAAAGAAGGAAUUUGUUUAACGCACUCCUUACGUUCCUUCUUUGUAUUGUAUAUUCGUUACAACAGUUCACCCUUCUUUCCUUUAAUCCCAAAAUUUUGCUACUUUCGAUUCUGGUGUCUCACGUUAAUCGAUCCAUGCGUUUUGCAUCAACCUUCUCCAAGGAGUUAUAGAGUGAAUAUAUUUUAUAGCACACGUUAAUUCACACACGUUAAUCGUUGUAAACAUGACAUCACAAUGUAUUCAUAGUAUAAUAAAGUUUGUUCUUCCCAUA